GCUCAACGAACGUCACGCUCGUGGCGCGGCCGCAGCCGGGGCCGCCCCCCAGCUUCCGUCGGCAUCGCCCCGUCGGGGCUGCCUAGAGGACGCCUCCCCGCGCGCCGAGCGCCGUCCCGGGGGCCAUGGAGGACGACGACGCCGACGGCGACCUCCCGCUCCUGGCCAACACCCGCCAGGUGCUGGUCCGCCACUUCGAGCUGGACCUGGAGGUGGACCUGCGAGGCCGGACGGCGGAGGGGACCGUCGUCCUCUCCCUCGAACCCGCGGCCCGAGACCCCGGGCCCGGCCCCGACGGGAGCGGGGAGGACUUCGCCCUGGUCCUGGACUGCCGGCGGCUGUCGGUGACGGCGGCGGAGGAGGUGACGGAGGGCUGCGGCCCGGGGGACCCCCCGGUCGGCGAGCUGCCCUUCUCCGCCGGCCCCUGGAGCUUACGGAUCUGGAAGCCGGGGGUCCCCGCGGCCCCGGGCUUCCCCCGCCACGUCCGCGUCCGCUUCCGGACCGGGCCCCGCGGCCGCUCCCUGGCGUGGACCGUCGACCAGAGCGGCAGGCCGUGCGUCUACACCGCGGGCUCCCCCGUCAACAACCGGGCCCUCUUCCCGUGCCAGGACGCCCCCGAGGCCCUGUCCACCUGGGGGGUCACGGUCCACGCCGACGCCGGCCUCACGGUCCUGACCAGCGGCGAGAGCGAGGCCCGGCCCGGCCCCGCCCGUGGAGGACGCCGCAGCUGGUACUCGCGGGUCACCUCGCCCGCGCCGGCCUCCACCUUCGCCCUCGCCGUCGGGAGCUGGGCGCGAGUGGAGCCCCCGCCCCGGCCGCCCGAGCCGGCCGACCUCAGGUGGACGGAUCCGGCCGCCGGGCCCCCCGGGGAGGCCGCCGUCCCCUACCGGGUCUUCGCGCCCGCCCGGCUCCGGGCCGCCUGCGCCCGCAUCCUGCUGCCCCUGGUCGCCCCCUGCCUCGCCGCCGCCCGCGCCACCCUGGGCCCGCACCCCUUCCGCCGCCUCGACCUCCUCCUCGUGCCCGCCAACUUCACCGGCCUGGGAAUGGCCAGCCCCCACCUGAUCUUCCUGUCUCAGAGCGUCCUGUCGGGAGGCGGGCACCUGUGCGGGCCCCGCCUGUGCCACGAGGUGGCCCACGCCUGGUUCGGGUUGGCCAUCGGGGCCCGCGACUGGACCGAGGAGUGGCUCAGCGAAGGCUUCGCCACCCACCUGGAAGAUGUGUUCUGGGCCGAGGCGCAGCAGCUGACGCCGGAGGAGGCCCAGGAACAGCAGGACCUAAAGGCGGCGAUCCGCUGGAUAAGACUCCGGGACGAGGUGACCAACUCACAGGAAGAGAUGCAAGUGCUGAGACCCCACAGGGAGAAGACCGGACGGGUGGACGGGUCCGGAGCGUCGCUCAUAGAGCACGGACUCAGUCGGGAGAAGUCCUGCCUGCAGGUCCAUUAUCUCAAGGGCUACUUCCUCCUGCGAUUCCUGGCGAGCCAGGUCGGCGAGGCCACGUACUGGACGUUUUUAAGGCGUUUUGUGGACCGUUUCCGCGGCCGGCUGAUUCUCUCCCAGGACUUCCUUCAGAUGUUCCUCGAGGAGGUGCCCGAAGGAAAAAGGCUCGGGCUGUCCGUCGAAAGCAUCUGCCAGACGUGGCUGGACCGUCCCGGCCUCCCGGAGCCGCUGCUGGCCGGAAGCCACCCCUGGGCCACCUGCCGCCUCGUCCGGCGAGUCUCCGAGGAGGUGGCCAGAUGGAUCCGAUUCAACGGGAGCCCCCGGAAGAGGAAGAGAGCGGAGGCCGGAGGCUUCGCCGAGGAGCUGCUCGCGGACCAGGUGCUGUUACUCCUGGAGGGCUUGCUGGAGGAGGAGGCGGCGACCUUGAAGGGCGGCACCCUGCGGCGCCUCCAACAGACCUACCGACUGCGCCAGCGGGACGCCGAGGUGGUCCAUCGCUGGUGUGAGCUGGUGGUGAAGCACAGGCACGUGGAGGCCUACGGAGACGUGGAGCGUUUCCUCCGGAAGCAUCAGGCGCUGGGCGUGUACCUGUACGCGGAGCUGAUGGUGGGCGAGGACGCCAAGCAGCAGGCCCUGGCACGACGCUGCUUCCGCCAGCUCAGGAGGCACAUGGAUCCCGCCCUGGCCAGCCUGGUCGCCCACAUGAUCUUCUGAGGACGAGGGGGGUCCUCGGCCGAGCCCGCUCCCCGCCGACCCGGAGCGGGGCCUUCCCGUCGCGACGGUCGGUUUUCCCGGAAGGCCGACCCGCUGACCGCCGGAACGGAGACCACGGACGCUCGUCCGCGUGCGCGCCCGUCCGCCCCCAGUCGUUCAGUGGUAUUUACUGAGCGCUUUCUGGGUGCAGAGCACUGGACUGAGCGCCGGGGAAAACACAAUCCUCCCGCACGUUGGGCCAUUCCCGCGCACGCGCCCAUCCCCACGAGCACGCGUCCGUCCCUCGCGCGCGCCCAUCGUCCGAACCCCACUUGCGCCCAUCGAUCCUCUUCCCCCUCCCUCCGAUUUUUUUUUUAACGGUAUUUGUUCAGCGCUUCGCUGUAUUGAGCGCUGGCUAA